AUGGCGGCCUCGCUAGGACUCGCCCACGAGGCGUGCUACGCCGCCUACCCGCCGGCCGCCGCUGCCUGCUCGUACUUCCCAUCACCACCACCACCACCCAGCGACCUCGUGGCGGAGUUCCCGCCGCCCGCCGCCACGGCCAUGGUUGAUGACUACUACUUCCAGUUCGGCCAGGAGAUGGGCGGCGCUCGCGCUCCAGGCUGCGGCGGCUAUUGCUCGCCGCCGGCACCGGUGUUCGACGAUGGCAUGAGCCUGCUGAGCUAUGCCGGCGUCGAGGGCGACGGGAGGAGGCCGAUGAGCGGACCAGCUGGCACCGGGAGCGGCGGCCGGCGGCCGGCGUCACGGAUCGGGUUCCGGACGAGGUCGGAGGUGGACGUGCUGGACGACGGCUUCAAGUGGCGCAAGUACGGCAAAAAGGCGGUCAAGAGCAGCCCCAACCCGAGGAACUACUACCGGUGCUCGGCGGAGGGCUGCGGCGUGAAGAAGCGCGUGGAGAGGGACAGCGACGAUCCGCGCUACGUCGUCACCACCUACGACGGCGUCCACAACCACGCCGCACCGGGCGCCACCUACCUCUGCCAGCCGCCGCCGCCGCCGCCGCCCGCGCAACCGCAACGCCCUGCUUCUCGCCUCCACGCUCGGCGUCGCGCGUCGGCGCCUCUGGUGGCAGCACCCAGCUGGAGCGCCGCUUUUGACGCGUGGGAGGCGCAGCUGAACGCCGCGGCAGCUCACUCGUCGGAGUCGUCCUACUGA